AUGGCACGCAAGUUCUUCGUCGGAGGCAACUUCAAGAUGAACGGGACUAUCUCGUCCAUCAAGGAUAUUGUCCAGAACCUAAACAAGGCCGACUUGGACCCCAACACUGAGACCGUCAUUGCUCCGCCAGCCCUGUACCUGCUCCUCGUCCGCGAACACGUAAAGAAGGAGAUCGGUGUGGCCGCCCAGAACGUCUUCGACAAGGCUAAUGGUGCUUUCACCGGCGAGAUCUCCGCAUCCCAGCUGAAGGAUAGUAACAUCGACUGGGCCAUCCUGGGUCACUCCGAGCGACGAACCAUCCUCAACGAGAGCGACGAGACCGUUGCCUCCAAGACCAAGUUCGCUACCGAAAACGGCGUCAGCGUCAUCUGGUGCUGUGGUGAGAGCUUGGAGGUCCGCGAGGCCGGCAAGACCCUCGAGGUCAUUGCCAGCCAGCUCGCUGCCCUCAAGGCCAAGAUCUCAGACUGGAGCAAGAUCGUCAUCGCCUACGAGCCCAUCUGGGCCAUUGGUACCGGCAAGGUCGCCUCCACCGAGCAGGCCCAGGAAGUGCACGCUUCCAUCCGCGAGUGGCUGAGCAAGAACGUCAGCCAGUCUGUCGCCGACGAGACCCGAAUCCUGUACGGUGGCAGUGUCAGCGAGAAGAACUGCAAGGAACUCAGCAAGGAGAAGGACAUCGACGGCUUCUUGGUCGGUGGCGCCAGUCUCAAGCCCGCAUUCGUGGACAUCAUCAACAGCAAGUUGUAA